AGAAGCGAGAAUAACGAGAUCACAACAACACCAGCGCCACACAAACUCAGUCAAGUUAAACAAAAUUGGCGUCGUAAAAGCGGCCAUCGAUGCCCAUUAAUACGAAUUCACACAAAUGCGAAAAUAAUCAAUCGUUUUGGGACCAAGGAGACGAUAUGACAACUCAAAUGCAACUACCAGAAGAUGACGAGGAAAAAAUUCAACUAGUACGGCGUAGAAAAGAAGAACUUUUACGUGAUAUCGAGCAAAUUAAAGACGAUAUCAACGGAAUAAUUGAUCAGUUAAGGAUAAUACAGCACGCGGAAACUGACGGGAACGUGCAGGAUACGGAACAACAAAACGUAAAUGCUUUAAGGAGUAGAUUUAAUACAGAUGCGAAAAAAGGUAUUGAAGCGCUUAUUGAGCAGAAAGUUAUUAGCGAUACUCCUGAAUCGAUAGCUCAUUAUCUCUUACAUACUGGUGGAUUAAGCAAAACGCAGAUAGGUAAAUAUCUUGGUGAAGCUGAAGAAAAGAAUCAACAAGUUCUCAAGUGUUUUGUCGAAGAACAAGAUUUUCAGGGAAUGAAUAUUUUACAAGCGCUCCGCCAAUUUUUAUGGAGUUUUCGAAUUCCAGGAGAAUCGCAGAUUAUUGAAAGAAUAAUGGAACUAUUCGCCGCACAUUACAACAAUAGUAAUAUCAGCGAGUUAACUAACGACGCAGUCUUUAUGCUGUGCUAUAGUUUUAUGAUGCUCAACACAACUUUUCAUAAUCCUAAUGUUAAGAACAAAAUGUCUUUUCUCGAUUAUAAAAAAUCUGUAUGUGAUUUAAUGGAAAAAGAGCCCAGCUUAGGUUCUAUCAUGGAACAGCUACCUCAUUAUUAUGAAACGUUGAAGAAGGAACCUUUCCAUCUUAAUUCCGACGAAACGGAUGACACGAACAUGACAUUUUUUGAACCCGAUAAAGAAGGCUGGAUCUUCAAACAAGGAGGAAAUAUUAAAACUUGGAAAAGGAGAUGGUUCGUUCUGGCAAACCAGUGCUUAUAUUACUUUCAAUUUGCCGCUGAUAAGGAGCCAAAGGGUAUAAUUCCAUUGGAGUCAGAUCUUCGUGUUCGAGAGACGGAUCCAGCAAAUACUACGAAGCAUAGACCAGCUUGUUUUGAAAUUUAUAGCGAAAGUAACUCAGUCAUUAAAGCAUGUAAAACGGGCGGAGAUGGUAAAGUAAGGGAAGGAAAACAUGAAAUAUAUAGAAUGUGUGCUCCUAAUGAUAAGGAGAGGAAGGAAUGGAUAGAAUGUAUAAAUAACGCGAUUCGAAGGGAUCGAACACACUUGCCGGGGGGUCCAGAAAUAGGUGAUAAGACAGCUUAGAUAAGAAUAGAACUUGACAGAAAAUUGACUCAGGUGCUUCAUCUCUGUUUUUUAUGUAUACAUUCACAAGCGCACCGAAUGCUGGACUAUUUGUAUUUGAUAUUUACCGACUGGGAUAAAUAUGCUUUAUUCCAUCAUAAUCCGCCUAGAUAAUCAAAUUUGAAAGUUAAUCAACUUUGAACUGUUGAACAAUUUUUUUUCUGUUAAAAUACAAUUGUAAUUAUUUAUAAUAAAAAAAAAAGAGAGGAAACACUAAAUUCUCUACAUAAACAUAGUCGACACAAUCGUACACAUACAUACAUACUUACAUAUCUAUAUAUAAACAAUACAACCAUAUUCUGUUGUUUAAACUAUCUUAUUAAUAGAAUUUUUCAACUUGUUGACUUUUGAGGCGUAUUGUAUUGAACACUUUUUUAUUUUUUUGAAUAAAGG